AUGGGCUCCGACGUCGAAAUGUACGGCAAGAACACGAGUGGCAACUCCAGCGUAGAAGCAACCGCCUUUCCUGUGUCCUCAAAUCCCGACAAAUCGCCAGAGUUUGAUGAUCCCGAGAGAGAUGCAGUCUUUGGAGCGAGAAAAGAGGGCGAGGUCGACUAUAGAUCAGUUGGAAUGCUCAAAUCCAUCGUUCUUAUGGUAAAGCUUACCAUUGCCCUCGGUGUACUGGCUAUGCCACAAGUUCUGCUUGAAGUUGGGGCAGUACCAGGCGUCAUUAUCAUCAUUGUCAUUUCAUCAUUAACCACCUGGUCGGGCCGCGUUAUCGGCGUUUUCAAAGCCAAUCACCCCGAAGUGUACUCUCUGGAUGGCGUGGGAUACGUAUUGGCAGGAAACUGGGGCAGGGAGGUUCAUUCCUUUGCCUAUGCCCUCUUCAUGAUUUGCUUGUGCGGUUCAGGUUUUAUCACCACGUCGCUGGCUUUCAACGCCAUCACAGGUCAUGCCGCUUGUACAGUGGUCUGGGCGGUUGUCGCUGCUGUGGUCACAUUUGCCUUUGCUUCGCUACAGACGCUCAAUACAGUCUCCAUCCUGGGUUGGAUUGGGUUCUUCUCCAUCCUGUCUGCCAUCCUCAUCAUCACCGUUGCCGUCGGUGUUGAGGAUCGUCCUGAAGCCGCACCUUCCACCGGCCCUUGGGACAAAGACAUUCAUGCUUUCAACUCUGAAGCCUCUUUCCUGGGUGGCAUGGGGGCUGUCUCUACUACCGUCUUUGCCUACUGCGGUACCCCGGCCUUCUUCAAUGUCAUCGGCGAGAUGCGUCAACCCAAGCGGUUCAACCAAGCUCUCUUUGCUUCCCAGGGCCUGUGCACGGCCCUCUACAUUACCAUCGGCGUUGUGGUAUACUAUUACUGUGGGCAGUACAUCUCGAAUCCUGCUCUUGGAUCCGCCGGCAUCAUCAUCAAAAAGGUAUCUUAUGGAAUCGCUCUGCCUGGUCUGUUCGUUGGUUGCAUCCUCUAUACCCACGUCGGCGCCAAGAUGUUGUUUGUUCGUCUCUUGAGGGGGUCUGAUCAUCUCACGGGAACCUCAUUCAUCCAUUGGUCCGUGUGGCUCGGCACUGUAGGCAUGAGCGUAGCUAUCGCCUUUAUUCUCGCUGAAUCCAUUCCAUUCUUUGGCGACUUUGUCUCUCUUGUCGGCGCUACCCUCGGCACCUUCCUCUGCCUCAUCACCCCCGCUCUCAUGUGGUUACACGACAACUGGGCCCUCCGCAAGGAGCGCACCUCUAUCGGCUUCCGGUCACAUAUCGCAUUGAGCGUGUUCAUCCUGCUGGCAGGUGUCUUUAUCGUCAUCACGGGCACAUGGUCGUCUGUGCUCAGUAUUAAAGACUCUUACGCGGAUGGUUCGGUCGGAAGUGCAUUCUCGUGCGCCGACAACAGCAAUUGA